CUAAAUACUAAAGAGAUCAUCAUCCUUACAACUAGUUGAUUGUAAAUUGUAUCACAACAAUUUAGUAAUUGUAGUUUUCAUGUUUCACAAUCAGUUGAUUUACAAUCAAUUUCUAGUGAAUGUUGUUUGUUAAUUACAUCCACUGGUCAAGUUUAAUCUCGUGUCCAAGCGGAUUUUCAAUGGAUUUAAAUGUGUGAUUCAAUUUAAAUGAUUUAAUUACUCGAUCAUCUGAUAAUUUAUGACAAUUUAUAUUUCAAUUUUGAACCAUUGGAUUAUAUUUAUCAUCUUAAUUUCUGACUCUUUGUUGUACAUAUAAAAAGUUAAUUAUGAAGUUCGGUGUAUUCUUAAUGAUUUAUUUACUUUCCAGUGUUUGUUUAAUUAUCCAAAGUGAUGGAGCAAUUAGAAUUUCUAGAAGAAAAUUAAAAUUACUCAAAAAAUUGGCGGUAAUUUUGUUCCUUGGAAAGAAUAGAAAAAUUUACACUGUUCCAUUUCCUCUUCCGUUACCAUUACCGGUAAUUAACAAAGUACAACCGAUUAUUUAUCGACAACGAGUUCCUUAUCCGGUCGAGGUUCCAGUUCCGGUUCCUUAUGCUGAACCAGUUCCGUAUCCAGUUGAAGUACCAAUUGAUGACCAUCCAGUUGACCGUCCAUAUGAUGAUUAUUCAGAUGAAAGUGAUGCAGAUGACAUGAUGGAGACCAGAGGUCAUCAAAGUUACGGUGGUCGACCAGUUAAUUACAAUUCAAAUUACAAUCGUUACAAUAACAAUUAUCCUCAUCGUCGCAAUACUGUUGCCGCUUCAACACCUUCAUCAACCUUGACCACAAUCAACAACAAUCAGCCCAACAGAUAUUAUCAACAACAACAACAACAACCGCAACAGUAUAAUGGUCAAUAUAAUAACAAUCAAAAUCGAUACAAUCAAUACAAUCAAUACAAUCAACAAUCAAAUCAAAUGAACAAAAGAUAUUAGCUGAUGACCAAGAAUUAACCAUUUCUAUUUAUUGAUCUACUUAUAUAUUUAUCAUUUUCUUCAUUCCAAUAAAAGAAACAAAUUAACUUGAUUAAACAAGAAGAAAAUAAAUUGUAUCUCUUAACCUUUGUGCGCUCUGAUUAUUAUUAUUAGUAAAUUGAUCAACUUUUAUUUAGAAAAUUUGAUCGAAAAGUUCGUUAACCAAACGCUAGAUGGCGACACAGAGAAAGAAAAUUUUCUUUUCUAUUAAUUUUAUUAAUUUGUUUUCCUUUAAUUUUGGUCUUUCAAUUUUUAAUUGUUUUCGGUUUGAUUUCUUCAAUUUUUUAAUAAUUCUAAUUGUUGUUACAAAGACAAUUGUGACAAUGGAAUUUGAUUUAUUCUCUUUGGUAAAACAACAAUACUUUCGGAGAGUAUUUCUUAACAUGUUUACAUUUCUUCACUUAUUGUUGACUUUUGACUAAUUGUGAUUGUUGUUGUUUGGUGAUUUCGGCCUACAAUUUAACAAUGAUUGUCAAAUUGAUUGGCAAUUUAGUGGUCACAUUAAGUAUAAGGUGGUUGAUUGAUUAAUGUUGAUUGUGAAUCUCUAUUACUUGAUCACCAGGAUUUAAUUGUGUCUUUGAAAAUAUUGUUUUAAUCCUUGAGAUUUAUAUGGUUACCGGUUGGACAUGAUGAUUGGUGUUAUUUCAUCACAAUAAAUUGGAUUAAAUUUUGACAAUUUUGCUUUUAAUUUGGUGUUUUCCAUCACUUCAACAA